CAGCUUAAAUGCCCACAGCCCACACCCUCUAACGGCUGCCCAGCUAUGCUGCUCUGGGCUGCAGCAACCUGGGGGCUAUUUCCCUGGAGGGGCUACUGCUCCAGAGUAAGGCAGGGCAGACUCAGCAAGGACUUUGUGGAGGCCCUGAAGGCAAUUGUGGGGAGUUCCCACGUGUCUACUGCUGCCAGUGCCCGGGAACAGCACGGGCACGAUGAGUCGAUGCACAGGUGCCAUCCUCCGGAUGCUGUGGUGUGGCCCCAGAACGUGGAGCAGGUCAGCCGCCUGGUGGCCCUGUGCUACCACCAAGGUGUUCCCAUCAUCCCCUUUGGCACCGGCACUGGGCUCGAAGGUGGAGUCUGUGCCAUGCAGGGUGGUGUCUGUGUCAACCUGACCCACAUGGACCGCAUCUUGGCGCUCAGUCCAGAAGAUUUCUCUGUGGUGGUGGAACCCGGCGUCACCCGCAAAGCACUCAACACCCACCUGCGGGACUGUGGCCUCUGGUUUCCUGUGGACCCCGGUGCGGACGCCUCUCUCUGUGGCAUGGCGGCCACUGCGGCCUCGGGCACCAACACCGUGCGCUACGGCACCACCCGGGAGAACGUGCUGAACCUGGAGGUGGUGCUUCCCGGCGGGCAGGUGCUCCACACCGCGGGCCAGGGCCGUCACUUCCGGAAGAGCGCAGCUGGCUACAACCUCACUGGGCUGUUUGUGGGCUCGGAGGGGACACUGGGUCUCAUCACAGCCGCCACCCUGCGCCUGCAUCCUGUCCCCGAGGCCACAGUGGCUGCCACCUGUGCAUUCCCCAGUGUCCAGGCAGCUGUGGAUAGCACUGUGCACAUCCUCCAUGCUGCAGUCCCCGUGGCCCGCAUUGAGUUCCUGGAUGAGGUCAUGAUAGAAGCCUGCAACAGGCACAGCAAACUGAACUGCCCUGUGGCACCCACUCUCUUCCUCGAGUUCCACGGCUCCGAGCAGGCACUGGCAGAGCAGGUGCAGCAGGCAGAGAAGAUCACCCAGGACAAUGGAGCCUCCCACUUCUCCUGGGCCAAGGAGGCAGAGCAGCGCAGCCGGCUCUGGGCUGCCCGGCACAAUGCCUGGUACGCAGCCCUGGCCUUGCGGCCGGGCAGCAAGGGCUAUGCCACGGAUGUUUGUGUUCCCAUCUCCCGGCUGCCGGAGAUCCUGGUGCAGACCAAGGAGGACCUGAAGGCCUCGGGGCUCACAGGAUGCAUUGUGGGACACGUGGGCGACGGUAACUUCCACUGCAUCCUGGCGGUAGACCCGGAGGAUGCCGAGGAGCUCCGCAGGGUUGAAGCCUUCACUCACCAGCUGGGCAGGCGGGCACUGGCACUCCACGGGACAUGCACUGGGGAACAUGGCAUUGGGCUGGGCAAGCGGCAGCUGCUGCAGGACGAGGUAGGCACUGUGGGUAUGGAGACCAUGCGGCAGCUCAAGGCCAUGCUGGACCCCCGAGGCCUCAUGAACCCAGGCAAGGUGCUGUGAGGGGCUCCCAGCACAUGGCCCACAAGGCCAAUGGAACAGCCUAUCUGGACUCUGUCUUCAUACCACAGAACAGCUCUGCCUUCGCCUCCUAUCUGAAGGCGACCGAGGCCACAGAAUGGGAAAGAAGUCUAAAGGCCUGGCUCCUCCCUGGCCCCCUGGCCGUCCUCGGGAGCCUUUGGUCCAUUAAACGGCUCAGAGUCACUCCUGGUGAA